AUGGAGUUUGGAAAACUUCAGCAGUUCCUAAAAGAUGAAGAGGCAGCCAGGAUCACUGCACUGAGGGUGGAAGAGGAGCAGACGAGUCAGAUGAUGAAGGAGAAGAUUGAGAAGAUGACAGAAGAGAUAUCAUCCCUUUCAGAACAAAUCAGAGCCAUAGAACAGGAGCUGGGAGCUGAAGACAUCUCAUUCCUGCAGAGCUACAAGGACACAGAAGGCAGAGCCCAGUGCACACUGGCGGAUCCAGAGAAGGUCUCAGGAGCGCUGAUUGAUGUGGCCAAGCACCUGGGCAAUCUGAAGUACAGAGUGUGGGAGAAGAUGCUGGGGACUAUCAGUGCUGACGUCUCAUUCUCUGUCCCUUCAGCUCCUGUGACUCUGGACCCCAACACAGCGCAUUCCCUCCUCUCACUCUCUGAGGAUCUGACCAGUGUGAGAUACAGUGGUGAGAAUCAGCAGGUUCCUGAUAAUCCAGAGAGAUUUGAUAGGCGAUGUUGUGUGCUGGGCUCUGAGGGAUUCAGCUCAGGGAGACACUGCUGGGAUGUAGAUGUGGGAGGUGAUGAGAACUGGUGGGUGGGUGUGGCUGAAGAGUCCAUCAGCAGGAAAGGGGCUGUGAAUCUGAUCCCAAGAAAAGGAGUGUGGUGUAUAUAUCACUACAAGGGGAAAUACAAAACCAUGACCUCCCCAACUACACUCCUCUCUGUCCAGGGGAAACUCCAGAGGGUCAGAGUGCAGCUGGACUGGGACAGGGGGGAGGUGUCAUUCUCUGACCCCAGUGACAACACUCCUCUCUACACAUUUAAACACUCCUUCACUGAGAGAGUCUUUCCAUUAUUUGCUCAUAAUGUAAGAGGUUCACAUUUGCAGAUCUGUCCACUGAAGGUGUCUGUUACAGUGAAAUAGCACUGAGGGAUUGUGGGUAAAGAUCAGGUCUCAAUGAUUCUGUGUUUGCAGACAGUAUUGGCAUUCAGAUAUUAAUCUAGUAAUGAAAUGUAUAUUUCAUGAUAAGCGUGUUGCUUCUUUGACAUAAUCCCAUAAUGUUAAUUUAGGGAGUAAAGCAUUUCAUUGCAUGUUGAGCUGAUUGGUCAUACCUGCAGCACAGUACCCUGAGUACAGAGGAGAGACUGAGUCUCAGAGCACUGCAGGGAGAUCAGAGCUUUUCACUGCUUACCUGCAUCAUGGACCAGCACUGCAUGGUUACUGAGCAACAUGAUAGAACAUCAUCAGAUAAGAGGUCCUGCUGUACUUAUGAAACACUGCACAAAUAAACUGCUGUACCUCAUAAACAUAUGCAGUCUGUCUGUCCGUCUGUCUGAGUAUGUGUACAAUCUGUCUGUCUGUCUGCGUGUAUCUCUGCAUGCAGUCUGUCUGUCUGUCUGGAUCACAGUGUGCAGUCUGUCUGCCUGUCUGUCUAUUUGGCUGUCU